AUUCCGGAAUUUUCAUGUUUUAUCAUAUAUUUUCCGAUUCUAUUCAGACCGGAUGUUGACAAUGGUUUUCUAACCAAUAUCAGUGAAAUUUGUAAUUUUAGUUAUCGUCAUCAAGAAUAAGUAUGCCACCAAAAAGAACAAGCCAAGCUCGCGCAAAACCAUCAACUGUCUCAAAACAAAAGAAACGCAGGACAUCAAUGAACUUGGAAGUGGUGUCGCCAGCUUUAUCCCCCGAUGUACUGGAAACCAUCACAGCACAGGUGACCCAGCGGGUGACGGCCACAAUUAGAGACGAGUUGACAACGCUGAUGAACAACAUUAACAGCAACAGUGCUUCAAAUUCUCAGGGGAGUAUUAGUAUAAACCCUCUAGGGGCAUCUAACAACGAUGAUAAUGACGGGUUGGUAAGAGAAUCUAGAUAUAUGGACAACGCUAUUCAACACUCAGUUGAAGCGGUAGUUGUGGAUCACACUGAGAAAAUCGCUGGUAAGUGUCCGACAGGUUUUGUUAGUACAGCAGUACCAAUUGAUGCAAGGGUAUCGGAUCAAACUAAAUCAAAAAUUUGGUCAAACCAGUAUAUAGAAUUUGCAAGCCUUUUGUCGAAAGACAAACAAAAGAAAGGUAAGUUAUCUAUUCAGGUCGAAGAUGGUGACAGUCCAGGCAAGCUUACAAUCCACCAGGUAGAGAAUGAUUCCCAAAGCGAGGUAACUCUCUCAUCCAUGCAUGACUGGCUUACAGCAUGGAAUAGAUUUGCUGCAAUUUAUUGUAUUAAAUAUCCAGAACAACAAGCUAAAUUAGCUAAACAUUUAGAAUCAGUCAGAGAUAUUGCAGACGCCAAGGGCAAUUGGAAAGCUUAUGACACCGAUUUUAGGAUGCUUGUUGCCCAAGGACAAGUUUCAUGGGGUGAUGUACACAUGGAGUUAUAUGUUAAUGCCAGACUGACGACAGCUCUAUCUUCAAAACCUAACAAAAGUCAGAAAGAUAUGUCAUAUAGCUCUAUGCCAAGAGGUGUCUGUUUCCAGUACCAUUCAGGUAAGAAUUGUUCAGCAGGCUUGUCUUGUCGCUUCCAACACAGAUGUUAUAACUGCGGCGGGUCACACCCUUUUAUUCAAUGUACAAAGCAAGCCAAGCUGCCCUUUCGGAUCAUGCAGAGGUAUCAACACCAAACAGGUAGUACAAAUACAGGGAAACAAUAUAACCAAUCAAAAUCAUUUGGUACAUCCAAGCAAGGGCCCAACACCAAUCAAGGUAAAUAGACUUGCUCAUUGGUUAUCAGGGUAUGAUGAAGAUGAAACUAAUUUUCUAGUUCAGGGUUUUUCAAGGGGUUUUUAUUUAGGCUUUGUUGGAGAAUGUCCUGGAAUAGAGUCAAAAAAUUUAAAUUCGGCUCUUACAAGACCAGAAAUUAUUGAUCAAAAAAUACAAAAAGAAAUUUCGGCUGGUAGAGUUCAAGGACCUUUUGAAAAUAAACCAUUUUCCAAUUUACAGUGUUCACCACUGGGUUUGGUUGAAAAGAAAGAGCCAGGUGAAUUUAGAAUGAUUCAUCAUUUGUCAUACCCAGAAAAUCAAUCAAUUAAUGAUGGCAUACCACCUGAUGAGUCAUUUGUUCAAUACUCAUCUAUUUCAGAUGCUAUUCAUUUCAUAAAAAGUGUGGAAAAGGUGCUUUCUGUUGUAAA